AUGGUCAGAGUUGCUAUUAACGGUUUCGGUAGAAUUGGUAGAAUUGUUUUGAGAAUUGCCAUGAAGAGAGACGGUAUUGAUGUCGUUGCAAUCAACGAUCCAUUCAUUACCAACGAUUAUGCCGCUUACAUGUUCAAGUAUGAUUCUACUCACGGUAGAUACGACGGUGAAGUUACCCACGAUGAUAAGGACUUGAUCAUCGACGGUAAGGCUAUCAAAUGCUACCAAGAGAGAGACCCAGCUGAUUUGCCAUGGGGAGACAACGACAUUGACAUCGUUAUCGAGGCUACUGGUGUCUUUACAGCCAAGGAUUUGGCUGAAAAGCACAUUACUGCUGGUGCAAAGAAGGUUGUUAUCACUGGUCCAUCUGCCACAGCCCCAAUGUUUGUCAAGGGUGUGAAUGAUGACAAGUAUACCUCCGAUGUGACUGUUAUCUCUAACGCGUCAUGUACUACAAACUGUUUGGCUCCAUUGGCUAAAGUUUUGCAGGACAACUUCGGUAUUGAAGAGGCUUUAAUGAGUACCGUCCACUCUCAAACAGCUACACAGAAGACUGUUGAUGGUCCAAGCAAAAAGGACUGGAGGGGUGGUAGAACCGCUUCUGCUAACAUUAUCCCAUCUUCUACAGGUGCCGCUAAGGCCGUAACUAAGGUUUUACCAGAACUUGAAGGAAAGUUGACUGGUAUGGCUUUCAGAGUGCCAACUGUCGAUGUUUCUGUCGUCGAUCUAACUGUCAGAUUUGCUAAGGAUGUCACUUACGAUGAAAUUAAGGCAGCUAUUAAGAAGGCCUCCGAAGGUGAAAUGAAGGGUAUUUUGGCUUACACUGAGGACGCUGUUGUUUCAACUGAUUUCUUGGGUGACACCCACUCUUCUAUUUUUGAUGCCUCUGCUGGUAUCCAGUUGUCUCCAAGAUUCGUUAAAUUGGUAUCUUGGUAUGACAACGAAUACGGUUUCUCUGCCAGAGUCGUUGAUAUGGUCGAGUUAGUCUCCAAGGCUUAA